UCAUGUGACCUGCUCAGGAACAACAAAGAUGGCGGCCACGUCGCGGAGCUGCAGAGUUUCUGUGCUUCUGAUGUUUGUGAGUUCAGUUCUCAGUCUGAGUCUGGGUCUGUUCAGCGGAGGAGACGCGUACCGACGACAGUUGUCCGUACAGUUGAACCCCGGCUUGCCCUUACCGGCUCCUGGUGGCGACCUGCUGCAUGUGAGGGCCGUGGGAGACAAUGACACACUUCACUUCCUGUUCUGCAGCCAGGGGGCGCCAACGCUGUUGAUCGUCCACACCAACACUUCUUCUUCUACUGUGAAGGUGGACUGGCCCAAGUUUGAAGCUCGAAAUAACAGCGGCAGCGUGAAGGUGGAGCCGGAGAGCAGCGUUCUGUACAGCACCGCCAUCAUCUUCAGCAGGUUGUUGGAGUACGACGAUGUGAACAACACGGCCGACCCAUCCUCUGAUCUUUUCCCUCCGUACGAGCUGCAGGGCUUCCAAUGGUCUGGUCUCAGCCUUUCAGAAGAGAGCGCUCAGCUCUGUGGCGCUGCCAAAAACUUCAGCAGCGGAUCUUUCUGCCUGCAGCUGGCGAUGUUUCAGUCGGAGGGGCGUGACCAGUCCAUGCCCCACCUCCUGCAUACUGCCAAUACCUCCCAAAUAAAGGUGUGGCUAGAUGGUGUGUUACCCCGGGCGGCUCGUUCCAGGUUUGUGCUGGAGGUGCAGGCAGUGGGUGGGGCUUACCCUCUGAGCAGAGUGGAAAUUCACCGAUCGAUCGAUGAUGAGUUCACGCCGACAAUAUUCAAGGUGUCUCAGUGGGUCUCAUUGGCGAAUGGUUCCUCUGAUGUUCUGGGUUUUCUUCAGUGGAAGCCGGUGGCAUACCGUCGGUCCAACCCAGCUCUGGAGUACGCCACACAGUGCCGACACUCGGAGCCGCGGCGUACUAACGGCGAGGAGACGGCGGCGCAGUCAGCUCUAGUCAAAGCGUUCUACGCAGAACCGGAAAGUUUUGGACUCAACGUGAGCUUCGGGACUGCAGGAGAACCGUUCUACAACAGCACCCGGUUCCUCAGCUGGACGAUGUUGGUGGGCAUCGGCUCUCCUCCAGUUGACUCUUUCUCUCCGUUGGUUAUGAGUAUGAUGGCAGUCGGUCUGGGAACUCCCAUGAUUCUCCUGCUACUGGGCGGAGUCUAUGUUUGUGUGCGGAAGAGGGCGGCACCCUCAGCAAUGGCCUACGAGCCAAUCAACUAAAUGUGGGGGUGUGGCCAAUGGGUGGCCAGAGACUAUUUUUUUAAAAACUUUUUUAUUGAUGAACAAGAGACAUCACUGCAACCCUUCAACCAAUCAGAAGCCAGGAGGUUAUUUAGAUCUUUUCAGUGUUUUAAGAUAAAGUAAAUGUCAGCCAUGAUUGAGGCGUCUUUUUACUGAUUCUGUUCUCCUGUCAGGAUGUGAUUUAUCUGAUGCUUUUAAAUCUGAAUCAUAUUUUGUGACCCAUUAAAAUCUAGACCCAAACCAACAGAA